AUGACUGAGCCUGCAAGCGGUUUGAUCCUCACGCGAAUAGAUGAGGAACGGAUGAAGCGAGAAAAUAUUAAGAAUGAAAUCAAGCAAGCGGUGGAAGCCGCGCGCAGGAUAUACGACCCAUCCAAACGCAUCGCCGGGAUCACACCCUCAUAUGGGUAUCCGGUUACUCCCGAAUGGAUCCUGCAAUUCACCUAUUCGCACAUCUGGACGGAUGGUCGCCCAGCAGGUGGGUUUCCCGAGUUAGAGGUCGGCGAAGCCGCCGCCGAGACAGUCCGAGUCCUCAGACGUACGGCGCGUAUCAAGUACAUGUUCCUCAUUCCGUACGAGCUCAACCACACUCGAUAUUUCUUGGAAUUAUGCCACUUCGACGAGCUGGACAAGCGGUGCCCACCGCUGUUUACCAUUACAUGGGUGAAGGACCUGUUAGGGCGUCAGGACGAUCCCGUGUGGGAGUAUAACCUAGGUUCUGACAAAUUUCGAUGCAUCUCCUUUUGA